AUGGUUAUGAGAAUGAGGUCGCUGUCUCAGCGCAUGCCGUCGUGGUCCAAAUCAACCAAGCGUUCAAACAGACUCUCCAAGAGCGAUGCGCGCUUUAGCACCUCCACCGACCGGAUGAACAGCCUGGAGCUCAAUGAUCCUUCAAAUCUCCAGGAGGAAGAGAGCUUCCAGCUGGUUCCAGGCGGGACCAGCGACCAGCUGCGAUGGCUCGAGAUUGACAACGGCGUCAGGAAGGAGGACGACGACACGCCGAGUGAACUGACCCCCAGCGAGAACGUCUCGAAUGCGGAGCCCGCCGGCGAUGAUGAUGAUGCAGAGGCCGGUGACGAUGCCGCCACCACUAACGGCGUCAACGGCGUCAACGGCGACAGCGAGAUUGUAAACGGCGAGACUCCCUCAGGCGAGACUCCCUCAGGCGAGACUCCCAAUGGCGUGACUCCCAAUGGUGAGACCGCCAACGGUGAGACCGUCAACGGUGAGACUGCCGUCGCCGAGACCCCCGUCAGCGAAGUCGCCCCCAGCCUCCGUUCCAGGACCACCAGCUUCAAGGCCGUCAGCGUCAAGACGGCGAGCGAGAGGGUCGCCCUCGACGAUGCUACUGACGUUGACCCCGACGAGGUCACAAACUAUGUUCUCCAGUGCCAUGACGAUGUCAACAACCAUCUGCGGCAGAUCAACGAUGCCCUCAACCUCAUCAGCAUCAUGGGUCCCACGCGGAGUGGCAAAUCGACCCUCAUGAACCUCCUUGCGGGAUGCACCGAUGAGCCGCUGUUUUCCACCAGUCCCGGAGCUGAAUCGUGGACAAGAGGCACCAAUCUGGGCAACAAGAUCAUGGGCGUCAAGGAGUUCUCCAGGCUCGAUGACGGUGUCGAGGUGCCUCUGAACAGCAACCAGAAAGUGGCCUUCCUGGACACAGAAGGCCAUGGAGACCAGGGCGACUUAUACGACAUCAUGCUCUUUACUCCCGCCGUUCUGUGCUCUCGCGUCAUUGUCUUCAACACCACAGAUGUCGCCAAGGACACCAUCCUGACCAGCUUGGCCAUGAUGACUCUGGCGGCGGAUAAGCUGAACUUUGGCGGCGACAAGAAGACGACUGGGCCCAAGUUUGGCCAGCUGGUCAUCAUCAUCAACAAGUAUGAUCUUGGAGGCUCUGUGGACGACGUCCGAAAGAACAUCCUCAGGAAGGAAAUUGGCAGGACCGAAGCCAUCAAGAGGAGAAACAAGAUCCGAGAGAAGCUGGCCGCCGAGUUUGAAGACCUCACAAAAUCCCAGGUCCACAUCCUCCGCGGAAACUCUCUCAAAGAGGGCGUCCAGGCCAAGAUCAACGACAAGACCAAGGAGUUCCUUGUGCUCGACGACUUCAACGACAACUACGUCAAGGACUUCAAGAACCUGCGAGCCCAGCUCUCCCAGAUGCUUCGAAGCCCGCGACUCGUUGCCGGCGCGCCCUUGACCGGCGCCUCUACUGCCGAUUUCGUGUCGAGCAUUGUCAAGUCGAUCAACCGGCUUGAGCAGAACGGCCAGCUGCACGUCCCUGACAUCUGGCGGGCUGCUGAGAACGAGGCCAUUAACAGAUCUCACAUCAAGUUCCACAACGACUUUAGAGAAGCGUGCAACCGGCUGGCCCAGGACCCGUCGCUGAUUAGCACCAAGGACUGCAACAAGAAACUCGAUCGGAUCACGCAGAAGUGCAUGACCGACGUCCGUGGCUCACUGAGAUAUCUCACUCAGCAGACCAUCAGAGAUACAUGUGCAAGCCUGACAAAAGAGUCAGAAGGGCAGAGAAAUGAAGUCCUGGCCGCCAACCUGCAAAAGAUUGAGGCCUUUGCCGAGAAGGAGCUCACAGAGCUCAUCGGCUCAAUACAGGACACGGUGACAGAAGCCGUGUCCAACUUCAAGACCAUCUCGGUCGACACCGCCGACAAGAUGCUGGACCAGCUGCACGGCGACCUGCUGGAGAACUACAAGAAGAAGGUGGCCUCGUACGACGAGCAGGCUCUUGUGCGAAACUACUCGGUCACGUACGACCGCGCGUUCUUCACGGCCGCGGCCAUGGCCAAGCAGAACCUCAACAUUGCCUGGACCUCGUGGCUCGUCGAGCAGGACAAGACGAGCGCGGAGCAGAUUGCCGCGGCGCUGGAGAAGCUCUACCAGGAGAGCCUCGUCGGGGACGAGUCCAUCUGGGAGACGCGCGCGGACGAGGAGCUGAGCUCCCAUCUGUCCAACUACUACAACACCAUCGAUACCGAGUAUCUGUGGGACAAUGCCGCAGCCAUCAAGGCCAACUACACGGAAAAGGCCAACAACGCCAAGAACCUCGUCGCCGCAAAGGUGGCGGUUCGAGAGCAGGAGAUGGCCAAGCUGGUCGACCAAGAGCUCGAGAAAUACCUCGCCGUCUACCAGAGACAGCUGGACGAGUCUCUGCUGCCCAAGGAGGACGUGGGCGACUUCAAGGCCAUCACAGACAGCACGGCCUGCCGAAGCGAGCUGAUAGCCUUCCUCAAGGCGCAGCCGAUGAGCACUCGGCUGUACGACCACUACCUAAACCAGUUUGACAACCAGCUGUCGACCAAGAAGAGCACAUUUGGCGACAAGUACACAGCGGUCCUCAAAGAGUUCCUGUCGUACAUCGAAGAGGAGCUCGACCGCAUCGUCAAGGCCCAGAUCGAAGACUUCAAGAACCAGAGCGACACCCUCCCCAUCACGCGCUUCCUCUCCAAGGACAAGAUCACCUCGCACCUGGCCGCCUGCGAGUCCGCCGCCCGGGCCGCCUUCGAGAGCAGCGUGUCCAACUUCAGCCUGACCACCGAGGAGGCGCGCCUGCGCGUCACCGAGGCCCGCAACCGGCUCGCCGCCGGCAUCGCCGACUACCACAUCGCCAAGCUGCUGCUGCUCGACUCGCUCGUCAACAAGUGGAACCGCCAGGCGCUCAACCGCUGCGUCAACGAGGUGCUCUCCGGCGUCGUCGACUUCACCCUCGACACGCCCGAGAAGCUCGAGGAGGCCGUGCGCAAGGCCAAGAUGGCCUACUUUGGGGAGGCUUGUGGCGAGACGACGAAGCAGGCCGAGACUUGGGAGACUUUCGAACGAAAGGCCGACACUUUGUACGACAACAUUCGACGCGCUCAAGCUGUCUUCAAGUUAAAGGGCAUCAGCUACGAAUCGACGACCUCGGAGCUGGAAUCCAAAGUCAUCCACGGAAUAAGCCGCCCCUUUGCUGACCUAGCCAAUCUCCUCGGCAUGUCCUGGAUCUCCAGCGGGUCUGAAUUCCAGCAUGAGCUCCGCCCCGAAGGCAAAUCGAGGUCAUAUCUGCUCAAGAACUUGAGCAAGCCAAAGGGAUACGGCAACAAGCACUGCACAAGCCUUCGCUUCGACAACUGGAGAGCCGAGUUCUCUGACUUUGUAUUCGACGAGCCCAUCGUCCAGGAGCUCUCUCCCUUUACUGUGAAAACCCUCACAGUGCCAGCUCAGGAAGAGAACACCCAAGUCAACAUCGCCAUCAAGGAGACCAAGACGGAGACAAUCAGCCACUCCAACCCCGUCAUGUUCACCGCUGACAACGAAUACGCCGCCACAAAGGGCAUCGAAGAAGUCAUCACCUCCCACAUCAAGGACGCCUUCCACGCAUCCGACUCCUUCGCAGACGUCAAGCGCAACGAAGUCACACUCGACAUCGACUUCAACUGCCCCGUCAUCUGUCCCGCCAACCGAGCAACGACCGUCACUUGCUCCGGCUACACGCAGCUCACGUCCAUCACCUACACCGCCAAGAUGAAGCUCGUCCCUGAAGUCACCUUCACAGGAGGCUACACCCGCGCCAUCACGAAGAAGAACGACACAGGCAACUUCCUCAAGGGCGACUCCAAGAAGAAGCGCUCCUACGCGGACAUUCCCAACGGUCCUGCAGAUGAGCUCAAGGACAAGGCGGCUUCCAACGCGGACCCGUGGGACUGGGAACAAGCCAUCGAAAAGCACCCGCACAUCCAAAACCUCGUGGACCGCAUCAGCGAGCCUCAGUGUUACGAGAUGUACGUACGCGGCAAAUGGGAAGGCAUCAGCGGCUGGAAAUUCGUCAUCCAAACAGACAUCAAAACCGCAUAA